CAGGAACUCAUGCAGCCGAAAUCUGGGGCCAAUGGAACAGCAGUUACUGAAUUCAUCCUACUGGGAUUGGUGGAGACACCAGAGCUAUGGCCAGUGAUCUUUGUACUUUUCCUCCUUGCUUAUGUGGUCACAGUUGGGGGAAACCUCAGCAUCCUGGCAGCCAUCUUGGUGGAACCCAAACUCCACACCCCCAUGUACUUCUUCCUGGGGAACCUAUCCGUGAUGGACAUUGGGUGUAUCACUGUCACUAUUCCCUCAAUGUUGGGUCGUCUUGUGUCCAACAAGCGUACAAUUCCAUAUGGAGCCUGCCUCACACAGCUUUUCUUCUUCCAUCUGCUGGUUGGGGUGGACUGCUUCCUGUUGACCGCCAUGGCCUAUGACCGAUUCCUGGCCAUCUGCCAGCCCCUCACCUACAGCACCCGCAUGAGCCAGACAGUCCAGAGGAUACUGGUGGCUGCAUCCUGGGCUUGUGCCUUCACCAAUGCACUGACCCAUACUGUGGCCAUAUCCACACUCAACUUCUGUGGCCCCAAUGUGAUCAAUCACUUCUACUGUGACCUCCCCCAGCUCUUCCAGCUCUCCUGUUCCAGCACCCAGCUCAACGAGCUGCUGCUCUUUGCUGUGGGUUUCAUAAUGGCAGGUACCCCUGUGGUUCUCAUUGUCACCUCCUAUAUCCACGUGGCAGCUGCAGUCUUGCGAAUCUGCUCAGCUGAGGGCAGGAAGAAGGCCUUCUCCACAUGCAGCUCCCACCUCACUGUGGUUGCCAUAUUCUAUGGUUCUGGUAUUUUUAGCUACAUGAGACUAGGUUCAGCCAAACUGUCAGAUAAGGAUAAAGCUGUUGGAAUUUUUAAUACUGUCAUCAACCCCAUGCUAAACCCAAUAAUCUACAGCCUCAGGAACCCUGAUGUGCAGGCUGCCCUCUGGAGGGUGGUCCUGGGGAGGUGGUCACUGGUUUAA